CUUCAGUCUGCACCACCGCGGCCACCGAGCAGCAAUGUUCCCGGCUGGGCGGCCAUGCCCCCAAGCAGUAAUAUCCCAUGUAGAGUUGAUAGAUGCUGAAACAUCAGGUUAACACCACGGAUAUGUCUGUUGUAACCUUUAAAGGCUUGGGGAUAUGCGUGAGCAAGGAUGGCACCACACCUGUAUGUCAGAUCGAUAUGUUCUUUUGUAACUAUAAAAAGCCUGACCUUGGCCAUCCAAUGGAGUCUAAGUGCCUUGAUCUGGAUGCACCUGGUGUGUGCACUUUUUUGUCCUUUGCUAUGCACAAAAGCUCAUGGCCGGGAGAGCUGCAGUAUACGGGCGGGCAGUCAAGUCCUCAGCUAAAGGCAGUGACGCGAUGUGAAGCAGGUUACAAGACAACGUCAAGUCGGAUACAUUGCAGCUGCCGCAGUUCAGAUAUGAUGUUGGACCAGUUCAGAAGGUUUGGGAUUUCAUGCUGACAAUAAAAAGACUCUCAAGAUCUUGUACAGCUCCUCUCAUGCUACGUGUAAAAGGUUACAGGGAAGUACUGUAGUGCGCGGAGCAGCAGUCCACCCGUCCGCUAUGACGCAGCGCUGCGCCACCGCAGGAGGCAAUGCGGCAGUUGAGUCAUCCACUGGAGGCUGUGCCUGCAAUUUCUAAUUUUCUGCUGCUGGCUUGCUGGCUUGUUUCGAUGUUUGAAUAUACUCUCUUAGUAUAAUUUCUGCUGCCAAGCUUGUCUGGCUAAUUUCUGCCUGAUGCACAGUACACAUUAUUUGUAAUUCGGUAGCCUUUUAUU